AUGACCCCAUGUGAGUAUUUGGUGGGCAAGGUGGGCACAGGCUAGCCCACACCAGCCCAACAUGGGCUAGCCCACACCAGCCCAACAUGGGCUUUCCUCUCCAAGCCCACACCAGUCCAACACAGGUUUGCCAACACCAAGCCCAGCUACUUCAUAAUGUUGAGGUGGGGACUCAUUAGAAUAUUUGGGGGAGUGGUUUGCAAAUACCCCAAUUCAUGUUAAGUUAAAAAAUAAUACAAUAUAUGAAAAUUGUAGACACCAUUCAAACCAAUGAGUUUAGAACAUUAAAGGCAAUUAUCUCCGAGUCAUCUUUUUUCAGAUAGAACCUUAUAGUUCUAAUGUCACAAGUUAUUUUUGUGCAAUCUUACUAGUGUUAAUAUAUAUAUAUCACACCUUGCACAUUGCCAGUUUGACGAAGUCUGUAAAAAAAAAAAACUGAAAUAAGUGCAUGUGACAUAUGACAACUAAGUUUCUCUGGUAAUAAUAUAUAUCUGAUAACAACAACAUUGUUGUCUUUCUGAUACAAUGAUACACGCAGCCUAUCCAAACGGGUGGGCUCAUUUCAGGAAAAGUGAGGGCUGCCCUUGGAGCCUAUGAGCAAAGCCGCAUCGGCCCAAUCUGGGCAGCCUACAUGGGUUUAACCCGCAUUGGGCCCACAUCAUGCCAAUGUGGGUACGUUUUCUGGGAAAAGACAGUCAACGUUAGGGAUACCCUCACCCCCACACUGAGCCAAUGCCUUGUGUGCAAAUGUGGAGCCGAUGAGAAAAGGCGCAUCGGCCCAAUGUGGGAAGCCUACAUGUGGCCAAUAUUUUCGCCCGGCCGCAUUGGGCCCACAUUGUCAUUGUGCCAAUCUGGACAUGUUUGCUCGGUAUCUAGGCUAGUUAGCUACGCAGUGGGAGCUCACCUGAAAAUUGUCCAACGCAGAACUAUUGAAUAACGAAAUCCAAUACUUCCACAACAGCAAAGAGAAAAGGGGUUUAAGCGAAUAUAUCGACAGUAAAGCUAGACAAGUCCACCUUCCCGGCUUCAGACAGCUAAAGUUAGCUACAAUAAAUAGCUAGCUUAGCAUCUGAUGCUAGCAGCUACCUGUCAGUCUAGUCACGCGGUGGAGCAUGCAGUUGUAAAACCUAAUAGCGAGGUAUCUUGCUCUGUGUCGUGGUUUCAAAGAUUGAAUUCAUGCUUGUUCUCAUUAGCUACGUAUCAUUGUCGCUGUUAUUGUUGUUAACUAGGGUAAACGCCUUUGGCUUUAGUGGUACACCCCUUCCGACUCACAAAGGAAACUUUGACCGGAAAACCCUCCUCUCAGCUAGAAAGGCAAAUCGUUACUUCCUUAUGGCAACAACUUGAUGACCAGUAUCAAAGAUAUACUCACAUCUAACCACACGACUGGAUGAGAUGUCAACUACUUGGGGAAUAAUAUAGCUUAAUGUAGCUAUGGCAUAUACGUAUUUGCUGUCUUGCCUUGCAUUGAAGAGAAGUUGAAUCAUGGCAAUAAACUCUUUCUGUGUUGUGGGCUUGUGGAAUGAAAUGCUUGGUCUGUGGCGCCACCUACUGGUUAUUAUUUCUGAUCAUUUUCCAUUAUUAUUGUCGAAUCGAAUACAAUGAUCUAAAGUUCACAAGUUCACAACCAAAACGUCAAAACGACGAAUGAACGGUUUUUCUGUUCAAAUCGACAGAAAAUAUGUUUUUGAAAACGUUAACGGUUCCUGCCCGCUGGACUGGGCCCCGGUGGAGCGGACUACUCUGGCUCCGGAGUGUAUCCGUGACCGGCUGGAUCAGGCACCGUGGGCGGACUGCUCUGUGCUCUGGAGUGGAGCAGCUGACCGUGUAGCUGUCAUUGCAACCGGUGGAGCGUACUGCUCGGGCUCCGGAGUGGAGCAGCUGACCGGUGCCGGACCAGCACCGUAAACGGUCAGCGAAAUUAGAUGAUGGGUGAGUUUUAGCAAGCAUAUGAAGUUGCGUAACAAUCACUUAUGAAGAUCUGACUUUUAAGAAAGUGCUCAUCAUUAUGAUCAGAUUAUUUUACAUAUCUUAUCUGAUCUUUCACUCAUCAAAGUUCUGUCGAACAAUAAUAAAAGUCUGUAAAACAGUGUAAUAAACAUUCUGCAGUGAAGUGCAUGGGGCGCACACACUGCAUAAUUCAUUAGUGUGAAACUGAUUAAACGCGAAGACAAAUUUCAGUUGAAUGCAUUCAGUUGUACAACUGACUAGGUAUCCCCCUUUCCCCUCUGGAACCAUUGCAAACCUUAUAGCCAGCGCCACACUUGUGACUGGUAAAAAAAUGUUUUUUUAAUGGAAAUAUAUAUAUAUACACCGAGUAUACAAAACAUUAAGAACACCGGCUCUUUCCAUGACAUAGCCAAGAGACAGAGGUGCACCAUAUGCAGGCCGGGACCCCACAGCACGCAGAGCCUCGGUCCUGAUGGGACCGACUCUCUAGCACAGUCUUCACCAACCUUUUCUUGUCAAGUUCACUUUCUGAGUCGAAAUGUAAGCCGAGAUCUACCGCUUGGAUAAAAAGAAAAACAUGACUUAAGAAAUGUAAGCCUAUGCAACAUUAACCUAUUAAAAACAGUUAUGUAGCAAUGAGGUUUGUGCAGUAGGCUAUAGUCCCAAUACAUUAUCACUGCAUAUUGGCUAUGCUUGAAUUGCACUGCCAAUGUUGUUCUUCUCAGACCAUCUUGAAAUUAUAUUUCCAAAUUUGAGGUAUAUGAUCAAACUGGUAAUAAAUCAUUUGCACAGCUGAGUCAGCGUAAUCAUUUUACUGGACUGAUGGCCUGCAUCUAAAUGCUCAGUCUAAGGGGAGAGAGGGAGAGAGCAGCGGUGAGGCUGCCUCUCACCCGACUCACCGUCCCUCCGCUCUCCCUCUCUGCCUCUUCCAGCUGAUGGCGAAACUUAAGUCGCACUGUAUUAUUUCUGUCUCAUGCAUGAAUUCAUGUUGUUAUUCCUAUGACCAGAGAAAGUGAAAUAUUCCUCGAUAUUAAAGCUAAUAAUAACAACACAAGCUUAUCGAAACACUUUGCUACUCAUUCAUUGCAGCUGCAGUGCUGGUUGUAGCUUCAGUGGAAGUAGGGAGAACGCACAUUUUAUGGCUUAUAAAAGUGUUGAACAAAGUGUUGAUAGUGCUGAAUAACAACUUAAAAUGAACUUACUCAUAUAAACAGCAGCUCUUUGCUGUAUUCAUUGAGUCUCUAGUCAUGGUUUUAAACAUUUUGAAAUCUCACAGUAUCAACUUUGCUGUGCACUCGAGGUUUCUUUUUACAGUCUAUGGCUCAAGGAAACUGCAGUGAUCUGAGCUAUCUGAUUGGCCAGCAGUAUGCCUAUAGGUGCACUUGAUUUGCCCUCUGGGCCUGCCGGGUAGGAGUUCUACGUUCAGGCACAUGAAGUGGUUCAAAAUGGGAACAUUUGCCUUCCCGGCGCUAGGGCUGCUGAAUCAAGUGCACAUACCGCCAACAGUACGAAACGAAUGCAUUUUUUUAAAAACUCAAGGCUUUAUCGACCGGUUGGUGACCACUGCUCUAGCGCAACACUGUUUCCUCGAGCACCACCAGCUGGAAAAGGUCAAUGGCCAAAAAAGUUACGCAUUGUAACACAAGGCUACACACAACAAUUCUGUCAGCAACCCCCACGCUUCAGGGGUGUCUUGAAAACAACAGCUCGCAACCCCACUAAAAAGCAAACACUCUGCUCAGAAAUCUCCUUGCUCCUGGAAAAGCAUUAAAUCAAAGAGGUAGAACCAGCGUAACAAAGCUGCGGGUUCUACUCAAUCUAUUUUCUGGUGCCAAAAAAGAUCCUGGACCUAAGGUGCCUUAACCGUAAUCUUUCAGCACUUCCCUUCAAAAUCCUGACAAUUAAAACCAUCCUUCAGUCAGUACAACCAGGAAAUUGUUUCACCACAGUGGACCUGAAAGACCCAUACUUUCAUAUCCCCAUUCUAAUCAGCACUUUUGAAAUGUACAGCGACAGAAUUCAGAACAUGGGCUGUUCUUACAGUAUUCUCCCUGUACACCAAGUCAGAACCGUAGGAUAAAUAAAGGGGGCAUAUAAGCAGACAAUGAAAACUCUUACAAUAUUUAAAUGAUUACAUUUCUCUAAAACAGGCAAAAUUAUGAGGGGAAAAGGGACCAAAUUAUUAGGGUGAGGCACAGAAAGUCGCCCCAUCUACAAUCCUACAAAACACACACACCAUCAGCUGGACUCAUGUAUUUGUGAUACGGAUACUGUGUGUGUGUGUGUGUUGCAGGGUCUGGGUGCUCCAGUUGGCACCAUGCUGGCUGGCCCUCAGGACUUCAUCUCCAGGGCGGUGCGUUGUCAUACUGGCAGCCGCUGGCAAGCUGGCGUUGGGGGACAUGGUCAACAGGCUGGAGGAAGACCACCGCCAUGCCAGGACCUUCGCACAGGGUGGGCACACACAAGCACUCACAGGCAAUGCGUACCUUCAGAAAUGCAAAUGUAACCUGCAAGACACACCCACUCAUUUCAUAAUAGAUUAUUGACCAAGGCAAGUUAUUACAUUUACAUUUACAUUUUAGUCAUUUAGCAGAUGCUCUUAUCCAGAGCGACUUACAGUUAGUGAGUGCAUACAUUUUUCAUACUGUCACAUAACCUUGUUUGUGUGUGUGUGUGUGGCUCUUUUGGAAUUCUGUGCCCUCAUGGCCAGAGUGGGGGAAGGAGAGCAGGCUGCUCUGGUGCAGGGGAUACGCAUACUCAUGUUACCCCACAUGGGAGGCUCUGUCAGGGCCAUGUGGCACCUGGGCAUCUCCCUGGAGGACACCCAGCUGGCCAUCCAAAAGCUGCAGCACUCUCAGCAGAGGCUCAGGGCCCAAUAA